AUCAAUACCUAAUGAAGGGAUACUCGUAUAUUAUGAUAAAUGGGUAGGUCAAACAAAUUUUAACUUUUAACAUCUCUGCCCUUGGGUUCAGAAUUAAUUUUUCUUCAACGAACUAUUCUUAUCUUAUUUUAUCAUUUUUACUCCAUUCCGUUUAUUUCUUCUGGCAAUUUAACUCGUAAUAUAUUUGUAAAUUACUGCUAAUUUAUUUGUCAGAAAUCGUAAUUUAAAAUUUUAAGAAAAUGAAUGGUUCAUCAGUUUUAAGGAAACACAAUUUUAAGGUAACAAAUGUAUAUAUUGUUAAUUUAAAAGAAAAUAAAUGUCAAAUAAUUUUAUUUAACCUACUGAAGGUCAGAUUUGAGUUGUGAAGUAUAAUAGCUUAUUCAUUAGUUUAAUAGUUUCUAUUACUAUAUAAUUCUUAUUUAACGACGCCUACCAACAUUAUAUUGUUAUAAUAAAAUGUCAUAGGUUUUUUUUAGAUAAAACUGAUAUCAAAUAGAAUAUUUCGAUGGUUUUCAUAUUGAAUUACUAUGUUAAAUUUAAUGAAAGAAUACAACAAUAUUUUUUUAGCAAAAACGCAUCAUUUUUCUAUCAAAUAGUUAUAUAAUAUUGUUUUAAUUAAUCUAAUUUGAUCAAAAUAAUCAACUUAAUGCAUAUUUUAUAUAUUUAAGUAGGUACCUAUUUAAAUUUAAAGUAAUUUACCUAUAUAUUAUUAAAUCAGCUAUGACAUUUUGUGUUUAAAAUGUGCACAUAUGAGUGAAUUAACAAUAGACUAUCUUUAAAUAAUAACUUUACAAUUUAGGUAGGUAUUCAUGUUAAUUUUUAAUGUAUGAAAUAAAACAAUAAUAUUGUUAUAGAUACAUUCUUAUAGUGGAUUAAAAAGAGGCGUUGAAAUAAAAAGUAAACAAUUGCAAUCGAUGCAUGUGAUAUAUAAAUAGUUCAAUUAGGUUUUAAUAAGAAGUAAACCUAUACUGAAAUAUCUUAUAAAUACCUUAUGUAUACAUUUAAAUUUUAAAUGUAUAUCUUAUGUUGAAUUGCAGAAAAUGUCAAUUUGGUUCUUUGUACAAAUUGUAAAUUUAUCCAUUUGGUUAACCAAUGAGUUCAGUAGCAUUGGGACAUAUCGGGUUCAACUGUUAAGCUAAAAAUUGUCAACAUCAUAUUUAAAUAUCAUCUACAAAGUAUUUAAUUGUAUAUUAUAUACCUUAUAUUGUUUACAUCAUCCAAAUCCUUAUAAUUGAAUACCUAAUUUUAUGUAAUAUUGUUUGUAUAUAAAAUAUUCAGUAGGUAUGCAUUAAUUAUUUUACCACUGUUUGUUUACUUAAUGAAUUAAAAUGUUAAAUAUAAUUUAUUGCAAUGGUAUAAGUACCGCACUAUAUUAUCAUUUCCCAUUUUGUUCAUAUUAAGAUUUAUGAUAGUCAAAUAUAAAUAUAUAAUUUUUUUAUUAAAAAUCUCGGAUACCUAAUAUAUAAGCACCUAAAUAUUAAAAAAAAAAAUGUUUGUGACUAUUGAGUAUCCACUAUUCUCCCAUCUCCUUUAAGAUAAAACUACUAUUAUUCCUGAGUGUUACAGACUCCUGGAGGCCCUUGGUCUUAUGACUAAACUACUAACUCAAAAAACCUUGUGAUUUUAGUAUUCUGAUUAAAUUAAACAAAUAUAAACCUUUAGACAGAUGUUUUAGUUACAUUACUUUUAGAUUACAUAGAUUAACUUUUAAUCAAUGAUGCUCUAAUGUAUGAUUUUUUUAUUUUGUUGAAAUAAUAUAAUUUAUUAAUUUUUGACUUGAAAUUAUCUGCAAUCUGCAAAGAAAAUGAUCUUGGAAUAUUAAACAUAACACUUUAUGUUAUUGAAUAUUAACUUUUCAAAAUGUGUAUAUGGUACACACAUAAGAAUAGGUUUUGAACCACUGCUCUAUAAUAUGUUACAUAGAUAAAUAAUUCCAAUAUUUUAUAAUAUUCAUUUUUUUUGUGUUUAUUGUUUAAAUCAAGCUACUUUAUUCAUGUACCUAUUUAAAUUUUUUACUCAUUUUUGGAUUUUACCUUCUCAAUAGUUGUUUUUAUGUGAGUGGUUAUCACAUUUUUAUUUGAAAAAUAUAUUUAUUUUAUACAUUUAUUAUUGUAUGAUACAAUAAAAUAAGUAAAUUAAUAUAACAAUGUUUUUUGUUCUAUCGUAGGCAAUGCUGGUGUCCAUUAAUUAUAGAUUAAUAAUAAUUGUUUGGUAUAAUAAAUCAAAAUUACAGCUCUCAUAAACAAAUUUUUAAAUUAAAAAAUUUAAAUGAUUUUAAACAAGUAACAAUAUUUAUAAUUGUAUUUCAAUAAAGAAACAUGUUUUUACUAAAUUUAGCUUUUGAAAAUAUAUUUCUGAGUAAAUAAACUUAUUAAUGUGUCUUAAAAUUAUUCAAUAUUUAAUUAUUUUGUCAAUGUUAUUACAAUAAACACUAACUAUGUUACUGCAAUUUAUUACAUCAAAACAUCAAAUCAAUAUGUUCAUUUUUAUUUAAAAAUAAUAAUUACUUACUAUUAACGUGUCUUAAAUAUUGCUUGAACUUAAUUGAUUUUUAAUAAUUGGAACUUUUCAAAAUGAAUAAAUUUUCAAAAACUUAAAUUGCUUAAAUAAUAUUCUAUUAAUUUACCGUAUCACUUAAAUCGGGUUUUAGCUCUAUCAAGUACUUUGCGAUUCUCACGUUUAUUCUCUUCAACGUAUAAAAUAAUAUAAUAAUUUUUACUUGUAACUUUAUGGUGUAUGAACAAGCAUUGCAUUAAUUAGUUUUAUUUUACUAUUGCAUUAUAUUUGUUUUUUUAUGAUUAUUAUUAUAACACAAAAUGUAGUGGGUGUGUAUGGUGAAUGGCCAUUAUGACACAGCUAAUCUAAUUAUUAAGUAGAAAUUGUUUCAUCAUAUUUUUAAAUUAUUUUUCAUUUUUAUAGAAUGUUUUGUCCAUCUUGGAAAAUCGAUUGUUUUCAACCACAUCAGAAGCAACGUUUGAAACUAAGGUACUAAAAAUAGAUUUAUUAUUUUGUGUAUUGAUAUUUUCUGAUAUUUAAUUUAUGUACUUUUUAUAUAAUUAAUUGUGUAGCCUUUUAAGUUACACCAUCUUGAAAAUGGACCUAGUACAACAGUCACACUAUCUUCAGAGGAUGCUCUUAAAUAUUACAAACAAAUGCAAACUAUUCGUCGUAUAGAAACUGCUGCUGGUAAUUUAUACAAGGAAAAAAUUGUUCGAGGUUUUUGUCAUCUUUACUCCGGACAAGUAAAUUACUAAUUUGUUAAAUAAUAUAAAAUAUUAUUGAAUUUAAAUUAUUAGAUUUAGAGAUUUACUAUAUUUAGAUUAUAAUAUGAUAAUUAUUAAUUAAUAAGUAAUAUUUCAUUAUUAGUAAGAAUCUUUGAACAUUUUUUUUAGGAAGCAUGUGCAGUAGGAAUGAAAGCUGUGUUUCGUGACACAGAUUCAAUAAUUACUGCAUAUCGCGCUCAUGGUUGGACAUAUCUUAUGGGUAUUGAACCAUUUGGUGUGUUAUCAGAAUUAACAGGACGUAAAAGUGGAAAUGCCCGUGGUAAAGGUGGUUCUAUGCACAUGUAUGCAAAAAACUUUUACGGGGGAAAUGGUAUUGUUGGAGCACAGGUAAAUUUUUUUAUUUUCAUUAUGGAUAGAAUUAAUCUAAUUUAUUAUAAGUAUAUUUAUUCUAUUAGUGUUUUAAAAUCUAAUGGUUAGUACAAUUUUUAGGUACCACUCGGAGCUGGUAUAGCUUUUGCUGCUAAAUAUUACGGUAAUGGUGGUGUGUGCUUUUCCUUGUAUGGCGAUGGAGCUGCUAAUCAAGGGCAAGUGUUUGAAGCUUAUAAUAUGGCAAAAUUGUGGGAUUUGCCUUGUGUGUUUGUUUGUGAGAAUAAUGGCUACGGCAUGGGAACUAGUUCUGAGCGAUCGUCUGCUAGCGUAGCAUAUUAUACACGAGGAGAUUAUAUUCCUGGUAUCUGGGUAGAUGGAAUGGAUGUUUUAGCUGUCAGAGAAGCUUCUCGUUUUGCCAUAGAUUAUUGUACUAAUGGUAAAGGACCAUUGGUUUUGGAAACUGCAACUUACCGUUAUUCUGGACACUCUAUGUCUGACCCAGGAACAUCAUAUAGAACCCGUGACGAAAUUCAAGAAGUGCGACAAACAAGAGAUCCAAUUACAUCGUUCAAAGAAAAAAUAAUCGGAGCUAAUUUGGUUAAUAUUGAUACAUUAAAGGUAACUAUACUUAUUUUAAACUAAUUUCAAGUGAAUUAAAUUGUGUUGAAUUAUUCUAAUUAUUUUUUUAUUUUAACAAUUAUUUGAAUAACAAAUAUUCGAGUAUAGUUGAUUUUGACAUCAUGUUAAAAUCUGAGUUAAACUAUUGUUAAAUAAUAAUUGGAUAUGCAUUGAUUACAUCAUAUGGAUUUUAGUUCUUAAAGUUGUUGUGUCUGUUAAAUAUAUUAAUAAUUCAUAAAAAAUAUUUUUUUUUUUUUUUUUUUAGGCAAUUGACAAAGAAGUUAAAGCUCAAAUAGACGAAGCUGUAAAGAAAGCAAAAUCAGAUACAGAAAUAGGAUUAUCGGAACUUCCAGGUGACAUAUAUUCAAAUCCACUUGAGACAAUUGUAAGAGGAGUUACUCCAUUUAAGAAUUUGGAACACAUUCGAGUUGGCCCAGCUGUUAAUUUGAAAUAAUUUUUUUUUUUUAAAUGUAUACUUUAUGAUUAUUCUUUAAAUUUUAAUUGCACUCUUUUUAAAAUUAUAAGCUCAGUUGUUGUAUUCAAAAUUAAUUAUUAGGUAUUAUGUUUGUUUAUAGAAUAGAUUAUUCUAAAUGCUAUAUUAAAACAUUUUACUUUUUCGUUUUUUAUUACAAGAAAAAAAAUAUAUUUUUGUUAGUAAAAAACAUAUAACAUAUUUAUUUACCUUUUAAUACCUUUUAGGUAAUUUGUCAAAUCAAAAUGUGUAUAAAAGCAAUGAAAAGUUAUAUUUGUUAUCUAAUAAAUAGAUUAAUAUAAUAGACAAUAUAUUGUUGUUCAAAUUAU